AUGGCAACCUACUGUCUGACUGUCACCCGGCUCCAGUUGGCUUUGGGCCGCGGUGCUCGCCGCCUGCAUGUGUCCGCCGCCCACAGAGCGAAGGCCCAGGUCGCCAUGAGCCGCUUCGAACCCACGUCCUACGUCAACUACGACAAACUCCGCUCCAACGUCGACAUUGUGAAGAAACGACUCAACCGCCCCCUCACUCUGUCAGAGAAGAUCGUAUACGGUCAUCUCGAUGACGCGCACAACCAGGAGAUUGACCGCGGGCGCACGUACCUCCGCCUGCGGCCGGACCGCGUGGCCAUGCAGGACGCCACGGCUCAGAUGGCCAUGCUGCAGUUCAUCAGCAGCGGCCUCGCCAGGGUCGCCGUGCCCUCCACCAUCCACUGUGACCAUCUGAUCGAAGCCCAGACUGGAGGAGAGCAGGACCUGGCCAGAGCCAAGGACAUUAACCAAGAGGUGUACAACUUCCUGGCCAGCGCUGGUGCCAAAUAUGGUCUCGGCUUUUGGAAACCAGGCUCUGGAAUCAUCCAUCAGAUCAUCCUGGAGAACUACGCUUACCCGGGGGUCAUGCUCAUAGGCACAGACUCCCACACGCCUAACGGUGGUGGGCUUGGUUCUAUCUGCAUCGGUGUUGGAGGAGCGGAUGCUGUGGACGUCAUGGCAGGAAUCCCCUGGGAGCUCAAGUGUCCUAAUGUGAUUGGAGUGAAGCUGACAGGAUCCCUCUCUGGGUGGACCUCCCCCAAGGACAUCAUCUUGAAGGUGGCAGGCAUUUUAACUGUCAAAGGAGGCACUGGAGCCAUCGUCGAGUACCACGGACCGGGAGUCGACUCCAUUUCAUGCACAGAGCCAGAUGCCUCCAAAGCUGAGCCGCUGGCCUCGCCCCGGACCAGAGGGCCCCUGUCUUUCCCCUUCCUCAGAGAGGGCAGUCGUGUGUGGGAGAGGGAGAGGAAGCCCCCCCAGCCCGGAGAGCUGCCCAGCCCUCUGCCCACCAAGCGCACUCGCACAUACUCUGCGACGGUACGAGCCAGGUCCAGUCCGGUCUACAAAGGGGUGUGUAAAAACUUCUCCCGGUCUCAGGGCCACGGCUUCAUACGGCCCUGUCACGGCGGAGAGGACAUCUUUGUGCACAUCUCUGACAUUGAGGGGGAGUACGUGCCGAUGGAAGGGGAUGAGGUCACGUACAAAGUCUGCCCCGUCCCACCCAAGAACCAGAAGAUCCAGGCUGUGGAGGUGGUCAUCACGCACUUGAAUCCAGGGACCAAGCAUGAGACCUGGUCGGGUCAGAUCAUCAGCUCCUGA